AUGGUUAUGGAAAAUACAUUUGAAAAAAGAUGUCGGAUCAUUGAUCCUCCAACUGAGUUAUCAUUUACGACAGCCAGUAUGGCCAUCGUGUUCAUCCUCACCAAUAUUCCUGGAAAUCUCCUCGUUAUCUUGGCUGUUGUUCUUGAUCCAAACAAAAAUUUAAGAACUCCUUUCAACUGGUUAGUGGUAAAUUUAGCAGCCGCAGAUUUAAUUGUUGGUGUUAUAGUACAGCCGCUUAAGGUUCAUUUUCAUAUCAAAGAAGGCUUGGAGAAGAAUCAUGUCCCUGAAGAAAUAAACCUGAUUAACAUGGUUUACUUCAUCUCCUGCACCGCUUCGGUUCUUAGUCUUACGAGUUUGGCAAUUGAAAGAUAUCUUGCUGUGACGAAACCAUACACAUAUCGUAACAAAGUGACUAAUAAGAGAAUUGUUUUAACAAUAGUAAUUAUUUGGUUGAUAUCCUUAAGUUUACCUAACAUUUAUCUAAAUGUUGGUUUUUUUACAUACGUUUUCAUAUUUUCUAACACCUUCAUGGCAGUGGGCGUGAUAAUAAUUUGUAUGACAUACACUCGGAUGAUGCAGAAAGUCAGCAAAGCGAGAUCUCUCAAUGGGAGGUAUGGGGCUGCACUUUCGACUUCAGGAGAAGCAAGCAAUAAACCAUUGCAACCCCAAAGUUUUUCAGCUGUCAUCACAAAGGUAAACACCCCAAAUGCUGCUGCUCAAAACACACAACUGGUCGAAACAAUUGCUCUCUCGACUUCAGCUGAAGCAAAAAGCUUACCGUCGCAAGAUCACGACCAGUUUCCAACUACCAACACAAACAUAAGUUCCUCAAACGUUACAACUAUAUGUAGUAACACUAGACAACUGUUUGAAGAGAAGAUCACUAAAAUGUUUCUAAUCGUUCUCAUAGCUCUGUUGUGCUCCUAUGGACCAUCGACUGUAAUGAUAUACUUCGUAAACUUCUGUGAAGAUUGCAGUUGUAGCACCCUUCACUGUCUUGAGGACGUCAGUGUCUUGUUAAUUUUGAUGAAUUCUAGCAUUAACUUUUUCUGCUAUGCUUUAAGAUGUAGGAGAUUUCGAAAUGCGUUUGCCAAAUUGUUAAGAAUCAAUAGACGUUGA